CACUUCGCCACGGACGACGAGGCAACCGUGCUGCUCAUGCUGGCGCGCUGGCUGGAGGUCAACACGGGGACGUCGGAGGAGGCACGCAAGCGGCUGUGCAAGCUGGUGCGGCUGAGCAAGCUGUGCAGCACCUACCUCUUUCAAGUACUACCACUGCUGCCCUGGUUCCCGCUCAGCAACAAAGAGCACCACUUCCUCUGCGGCUUCGCAGCAGGAGCGCAUGGCAUUUGCAGCUGAUGGGACCUUCGACUGCAGCUCGCCCUGGUACGCUGCCCCUGCCCGGCCGCCUCUGCCUGCCUCUGCCGCCAAGAGGAGCUAUCCCUGGUACGUCAAGGAGGCGGAUCUAGCAGCUGGGCUGGCGUCCAAGACGCAGGGCCUCGACCUCGAUGGCUAUUUCAGCAACGGCUCAUCCCGGGUUGCAGCAUUUGGCAUGGAGUGGUGCGCCUUCCUGCAACGCAAGAAGGGGUCCCAAGCGGCUGGCCUGUUCCUGUACUGCACCCUGCCAGCGUCUCUCAAGGCCUCUGGCCGGGUGGUGUCAGCGGUCUGCCCGGGGCCUGCUCGCCUGGCGGCCUACACGUGGCGGGAGCACGGCAGCCGGGAGGAGGCAUGGAGCAUGGAGUAUCCAGGUCGCUAUGUGCAGGUCGGCGCGGGCUGGGGUGUCGCUGAGGCAUUGGAGCUAGCGGCACCGCCUGCUGAGGGCCAGGAGCCGUCAUCCGCUGCUGCUGGCGGCUCUGGGUCCCUGCUGGCUCCCUGGUCUGCCUACCUGAAGGACGGCAAGCUGCAGGGGGUGCUGGAGUGGGUGUAGUGAG